AUGGAGGACGACCCUUUUCUUUUGGUGAAGCACCAAGUGGAAGAUGCGCUUGAAAAUGCGUCGUCAUUGUUCGACUCUUGGAAACGGAUUCAGCAGACAGUGUCCUCCCCAAAGAAUCAGGAAUUGCUAUGGACGGCAGAUGAGUUGAAUUCGUCACUCGAAGCCAUUGAACAGGAUCUAGACGAUUUGGAUGAAGCCUUCUCAGUAUCCCAAGCCAAUCCUUCCAAAUUCAACCUGACAGCAGCCGAUCUCAACUCUCGUCGUUCGUUUUUGACCCAAGCACGUAACAAGAUACAAACUAUCCGUAAUACUAUGGCGAAUCCUCCAGCCAAGCAAUGGCAGCAUUUUGACAGCGGAUCAUCAGGUGAAGCAUCCAAUUCUCGUCAUCAUAAUGACAACCUGCUUGAGGAUGAAAAUCAGCAACAAAUGGUCAUGAUGCAAGAACAAGAUACACACUUGGAUAGCAUGUCGGGAACAUUGGUCAAUCUUAAAGAAAUUGCCGGAACAAUGAACACUGAGUUGGAGGAUCAAGCCAUGAUCUUGGAUGAUCUUGGCGAUCACGUUGACCGUUCUCAGGGCAGAUUGAAACGAGCUAUGAACCGGGUAACUUACAUCUUGAAGAAGGAAGAAGAGUCAAAAUCCGGCUAUUGUAUAUGUUGUUUGAUCAUUGUCCUCAUUAUUCUACUGGUACUCGUUAUUGUCAUUUAA